AGGCCUUCAUCCCAGCCUCAAUCCCGAUCAUUCGGCCAGUCCUCAAUCAAACCCACCGCCAAAAUGGGAUACAUUUCCCGCCUCACCACAUUCUUCGGCCUCGUGCUGCUCGCCCACGCCGGCUACUCAGCACACGAACACACCCUCCUCUACAGCAACGCCCGACUCUCGUCCACCUCGUCCGCCAGCGCCCUCCCGCACGACAUCGUCAUCGAAGCCCUCGUCUCCCUGCUCAUCGUCUCCGUGGGCCUGGUGCUCGGCGCCCCGGCCCUGAAGCCCAUCAGCUGGAGCGAAUGGGCGGGCCAGAUCGAGCGCGAAGGCGGCGCCCGGAAUCCCUACCGGCGGUUGGAGCAAAGGUAUAGCUUUUGGGAUGUUAGGGCCAAGAGGAAGGAGUUUGCGGACUGGGUGAAGGGGGAUAUUCCGAAGGCUUAGGGGGGCCUAGGUUUAUUUGGUUGAUGGUUCAGGCUGGGUUCUUUUUAUCUAGCUUUCUAUCUAUCUACUUGUCUAGCUGCAUGGUGAGGUAGACUAGGUAGGUGAGAAUGAACCUGUUGGGAGGGUUCUACUACAUAGUACGGACAUGGAUGGAUGUAUUUAAACAAACAGAGCAAAAAAUGACUACGGCUUCGACAACUUCCAGAUGCAG